AUGGAGUAUCUGAGUAGAGAGCUAAAAGAGUUGCACAAGAAUGGGGAUUUUAACUACCAUCCAAAGUGUAGAAAACUGAACAACAUACAUGUGUGCUUUGCUGAUGAUUUGCUAAUGUACUGUCGAGCUGAUAUGGAGUCCAUAAGGAUUCUAAACGAUGCUUUUUACAGGUUUUCACAGGCUUCUGGAUUGCAGGCAAAUGCAAGUAAGAGUGCUAUUUACAUGGCUGGGAUAGAUCAGAAGGCUAGAGAAGAAAUCCUACAAACAUUGGGAUUUAAUGAAGGAAAACUACCUUUCAGGUACUUGGGCAUUCCAUUAGACUCAAAAAAGCUAACUAUUGCUCAAUACAUUCCACUAGUUGAGAAGAUAACAACAAAAGUUACAUGCUGGUCAGCAAAGUUUUUAUUCUAUGUAGGAAGGUGUCAAUUGAUAAAGGCAGUCAUAUUUGGAAAACAGACAUACUGGGCACAGGUGUUCAUCAUCCCAAAAAAGGUUCUGAAAUUGAUAGAAACCAUUUGCAGAACAUCUCUAUGGACAGGCAAUGCAGCUAUCUCAAAGAAGGCAUUAGUAGCUUGGGAAAAUGUAUGUAAACCAGUGGCAGCUGGUGGCCUCAAUAUACUAGACAUCAAGGUAUGGAACAAAGCAGCUAUUACUAAGCACUUAUGGGAUCUAACUAGAAAGAAGGACUGUUUGUGGAUUCGUUGGGUUCACAGUUUCUAUAUAAAGAAGAGAGAUCUGGACACAAUGCCUACUCCUAAGGCAGCAGCCUGGGUAAUCAGGAAGAUAAUUGAUAGCAGGGAAGUGAUUAUGGGGCAGCAACAACUCUAA